AUGGCCCGAAUCGGCGACCAGCUGGCGGCUGCUGGCCGGGCCGCCCGUCGCCUGUUCUGCCUGCACACGGCAGGUGGCGACAGGGACGAGGCCACAGGCGACAGCCAUAAACAGGAAUCCGACGUCGUCGCGCACGCAAACGCAAACUCUUCCCAAACAACCACCACAUCUCCGCCUUCGUCCGCACCAGCAGGCCGCACGACGAUCACCACAACCGCCGCGGCCGCAGCACAUAGCGACCUCAAAGAGCAUCAACCAGAUCAAAGCACUGCGAUCUCCAGUCAAGGAAACGACAAGAUGGCCGACUACCUCGACGACGAGCACGACAAGGAGAAUGCCGCCCCCGGCGCCACUUCUUCUGCCCAAAACUCCCGCGGUGUUGCGGGCAUCACCCCCAUCCUGGGGGAGCUGACCCUCGGCAAGCAAGGCGAGGAGAAGCCUGCGUCCGUGACCAAGGUCAUCCGUCCGCUCGACAACGACCCCGAGGCCAUUCGCGCUCGCGAGCAGAACCAGUUCUUCAUCGGCGAGGCCCUCGAAAUGGCUCGACUCGCUCUGCGCACCAACGAGACGCCCGUCGGGUGCGUGCUUGUCCACGAGGGCAAGAUCAUCGCCAAGGGCAUGAACGCCACCAACGUGACGCGCAACGGCACGCGUCAUGCCGAACUCAUGGCCCUCUCGUCGCUGCUCUCCGUGCCGAACCCGACGGGCCCCAAGACGACGUCCCUGAAGCCGUUCAUCCCGCCCGAGGUGAAGCAGGCCACCAAAGAGGCCAAGGCAAAGGCUGAGGCAGAGGCCAAGGCGAAGGCCGAGGCAGAGGCCGAGGCCAAACUCAAUGUUGAAUCGAAGAAGCCUGUCGAAAUCAGCAAUGGCCACACCGAGAACAAUGCUGAAAAGGAUGCCGACAAUGCAGACGUUUCUGCGGUCCAGGAGGACGGCGCCGAAGACGAACAGGCUGCCACCUCGUCGUCGUCGACCAGCCGCCCACCCGACGAGGGCAACGAGGACGGUAGCAAGGGCCACCUGUAUCCGUACGGCCAGCGCUUCGUCGGUUUCGAGCGUGUCGAUCCCAAGAUCAUCAGCGAGUGCAUUCUCUACGUUACCGUGGAGCCCUGCGUCAUGUGCGCGUCGCUGCUUCGCCAGUUCGGCAUCAAAAAGGUAUACUUUGGCGCCGUCAACGACAAGUUCGGUGGCACAGGUGGCGUCUUCAGCAUCCAUGCCAACUCACUGCCGGUCAGCGAGGACGGACAGACCGCCUCGGCUCACCCCCUGCCGCGCGAGCCUCACUCCCAGCUGCCCGAUAGCAGCGACACGCUGGGCAUGUCGUACCCGCCCGGCGGCGGCGAUGGCGGCAACGUCGAGCCAGGAUUCGAGAUUGAGGGCGGCUGGGGCCGCGACGAGGCCGUCGCUCUGCUUCGUCGUUUCUACGUCCAGGAGAAUGGGCGAGCCCCCGUGCCACGAAAGAAGGAGGGACGCGCUGCCCGUCUGGCUGCUAUGAUGGAGAAGGACGGAAACGUCCCUGACUCUAUCCUGGACGACGGUGCCGCCGAGUAUCCAGAUGGCGACGCGGUUGGCUACGAGUCCCUGGGCGACUCCAACAAGGAGAACGAGAACCGCCUCGACGAUGACAUAUACGAGGAUGACCGCGACUACGUUGAGAUGGUGGAGGGCGAGAUGGCGCGCCGCGGCACGGGCAUAGGCAUGUGA